AAAUGGCAUCAACUCAUCCUCCUUCCUCACUCAGUCCCAACACAAUAAUCUUCUCACUCAGCUCAAAGAAUACAGAGAUCCUAUUUCGCUUCUACUUCCCAACCUUAUAAUUCAAUGAAGGGCUUGCUGUUUGCUAUCCUCACUUGUUCUUUUUGGAUCAUUGCCCAGGCUGGCAAUUUUUACCAGGACUUCGACACCACUUGGGGUGAUGGUCGAGCAAAGAUCCUGGAUAAUGGCCAGCGUCUGACUUUGACACUCGACAAAACUUCAGGAUCUGGCUUUCAGUCCAAGAAUGAGUACCUCUUCGGUAAACUUGACAUGCAGAUCAAGCUAGUUCCUGGCAAUUCUGCAGGCACUGUCACGGCCUACUAUUUAUCUUCGCAAGGACCAACACAUGAUGAAAUCGACUUCGAGUUCCUAGGAAAUCUCAGUGGAGACCCAUACACUCUUCAUACCAAUGUCUUCACGCAAGGGAAGGGCAACAGAGAGAUGCAGUUCAAGCUGUGGUUUGAUCCAACUAAGGACUUCCACACCUACUCCAUCCUGUGGAACCCAAGACACGUCAUCUUCAUGGUCGAUGGCACGCCGAUCAGAGACUUUAAAAACCUGGAAUCCAGAGGUAUUGCAUUUCCUAAGAACCAGCCCAUGAAGAUCUACUCUAGCCUUUGGAAUGCUGAUGAUUGGGCCACCAGAGGCGGCGCCAUCAAGACCGAUUGGUCCAACGCACCGUUCCUGGCAUCAUACAAAAACUUCAACGCCGACGCUUGCGUUCCAGCUUCUAAUGCCCCUAACUGUGCUCUGAAUGCAGCUACAAGCAAGAAUGGAUGGUUGAAUCAAGAACUGGAUUCUACUGGCCAAGAAAGGAUGAAAUGGGUGCAGCAGAACUACAUGAUCUACAACUACUGCACUGAUCUCAAGAGGUUCCCUCAGAGUCUGCCUCCGGAGUGCUCUGUUGCCUGAAACAGAGAAAGAGAAGAAUCAGUAUCAUUAUUUUAUUCAUUUUGUUGAUAUGCGCAGUAGAGGAAAUUAUUGUGAUCUCCUUUCGUGUCAGUAAGAUAUGUUACCAUAAAUUCAGAAAUGAAAGCUAUUACUUUCUCAUC